AUGGGUAGACAAUCCUACCUGAUAAGAUUAGCUCUGGGUCGAUCGCCUUUUGAUCCCCCACUCAAAGAUGAUCAUGAUCAGUUCAUCGUGGGGCCAAACGUACAACAUGACACUGCUCGCAACUAUGUUCAGCAAUUUGACUCAACUGGCCACCCAUACAAUCUCGGGGCAUUGUACUCCAAAACUCGGCUUGUUCGAGCGCAGAAUGAUGCUCUGGAGACUGUUGGAGUUGUCGUUCGCAAAGCCAAAAUGACCCGAAGUAAAUGGCAAUCCCUGCGUAAUCACAAACAGCAGAAUUGCGUCGUGGACGAAGAUCUCGCUGGUCAUAAUUACAAUGAGAUCCAUGACUUGUUUCAAAGCUUGGCCCUGAGGUGGAUCAAAGCAUUUCGUAAGAGACUACUUAUUUAUAAGUCUUAUCUUGGUCUCACGGUGUUCACCAUAAUGCAAUCCGAAUGGAGUAUUGCCGGAACAGGAGCAUUUCUACUGCCAGGAUACUCCAUGGCCGCUCUGGCAGGUCUCAGCAAAGAUCUAAGGGAUGAUAUACUAGAGCGACGCCCCAAUCCAGUUCGGAUUUUCCACCCUGUAUUUCGAUUCCAGGGGGUUUCUGGGAUUCUGCUCAAGCAAUUCUUGAAGUUAACAUGGUUCGCUUUGGAGUAUCCAAUCUAUGCUACCUCUAUCCUGCAGUCACUCUACCUGCUUCCUCAAAACACUAUCCCAUCUGUCUCGGAUUUGGUGUCGUUCGACAUUGGCCCGCCCCUGAGACCCUUUGACAAUGAUACCUUACUCUCAUGGCCAUCUUUUUUGCGUGCUGCUAGAAAUUUCCUGCUGCAUCCCUUUGUCUUAGCAUAUAUUCGAGAGAUAUGUGGGCGACAUGUUUAUCUAUCGACCCAUGCACUUGUACGAAAAGCUAUUCUCAAGCCUGAUCGUCCGGAUCGGGUCUCGUUGCAGACCAUUGGAUACACUGCUGUUCUCUUUGAUCAACGCUUCGCGAGACCGGUUGCCGGGGAGGAGAAUUAUGCGUACCAAGAUCACGGACCGCAUAAAUUUGUUAAUUUCUUCAGAGACCUAUUCGCGCGGGUCUUCCAAGUGUGGGAGGGAAUACUGCAGAGUCGAGAAACUACGAUGCUUGUGGAUCUACCUCCAGCUCUGGAAGAGGAAUUGAUCAAUCGAAGUUCCGAGUACUAUGAAGCAUUGCUUGAGGAAGAGCGCGGGCUGCUUCCAGAGCAGCGUCGCCCACGCCGGACGCUACGCAUUCAAGCCGUGAGAUCCGCUUUCAGCUACUAUGGUUUGGUGGCUGAUGGUAUGCUUGGUGGCGAUUGGGUAGACGAAGCAGUCAGGCGCUUUGACGACAGCAGCGCGUCCACGUCAACUCCUGAUCCGCAGGACCUUUUCUCAGACGAUCAACUGGUAGAUCCACUACCAGAUCACCCCUCAACAAAUGUCCAUAAUGAUGACGCUACUGAGUCCAUUCAGAUCCCGGAUCAUACAAUCAGCGCCGAAGAGCAAGAAAGAGCCAACAGUGGACUGGCAGUUUUGACUGGGUUGUCUCUAGUAGAGAAUACUGAACCAUUGGAUGCACCUGCGACAUUGGCUUUCGCGCCCAUCAUGCCUCUUGAAGCUCUUCUUGGAGAGAGACCCUCAGGCACCCAAACAACCCCUGAACUACGUCCUUUGACCCCAGAAUUUGGUUUCUCACGAUCUGCUAGCUUGCCUCAAGUUACACCACGACCAGUCCGUCGACCUACCGACCUCGGAGAGGAUAGCCGCCCAUUACGAGAGGAGCUCAAUCGACAUCAAGCCAUGCCACAAGUGACAGCAGAUGGUGAUGACACCCACUAUCGUGUGACGACCCUAUCAAACCAUCCUGCAGAUGCGCUCGCUCGUGAUAUUGCCUCAAUUGUCACCCCAAUCUUGAUGUUACCGCUUGAGAUACUGUUCUUGAGAUCACUAACAAGGACCUUUCUGAUCCUUAGGUUCAAUGAUGAGGCAUUAGCAGGACGCAGUCCACCACUCGCUCACAUCUGGCCUUUAUCACCACGAACAAGCGUAGAAGAACUUGGUAUUUUGAGAUCUCGAAACUUCUGGGGCAAUUGGUUUCUGAGUCUCGGGAUUCAAGGCAUGGUCAGUCUGCUCACAUGGACUAGCAGUUCUUACUUGACCUUGCACCUUGGGCGAGAGUGGUAUGGGUGGGGUAAAUUCUAG